GCGAGGAGGGGGCCGGACCACCGGAUGGCCACCACACCACUUGCUUCCUCCAGCUUUCGCUGCCUUCUGCUGCUGCUAGCUAGGCGUGCGUACGACUGUUGCACAAAGCAGCUAGCGCCCUCUGCUGUAAAGCUGCAGGCUGAGAACGACGAUUGCGCAUCGAUCUGGCUUGUGUGCUUAAUUGCUGCUUCCUGGUUUCUUCUCUCUCUCAUCAAUUAGUUGCGGCAUGCGCAUGUGAUUUGUUUCUGCUUUGUUCUGACUUCUGAGGAGCAUACGCUGGGUAUCUAAUGGCUGGGGUCAUAAAAUGGAAAAUGAUGUCAUGUGAACAAAGUGGGAGGAGAAGUGCCGAAAUUGCACGAGAAUGCUUAUCACUGACACCUAAUAGAUACAAGUGUCACAGCUACCAACAUAUUGGCUAUUUGGGUGACUCUGCAGAGGGUUUCAUUUGCCGUCCAUUGAAGUCAAAACUAAGAAGCAAGGUUGGACUACAUGUGGCUGCGAAGGUACACAAUAAGGACGAUGAAGGAAGCUGCAGCUCCAGAAUUUCUGAUGAGGACAACGAGACAUUGUCUAAUGCGUCGCGAAAAAUGGAAGUAAACCAUCUGGGGGCACUGAGAUGCUAUUUUUCUAAACUAAACACUGAGGACGCCCAGAAGCCAUAUUCUUUUCAUCAGACGAACAAGCAGAGAACUGGCCCAUUAUCCACAAACAUAGAAGAAGCAAACAUGGCUACUGAUUAUGGCGAUUUCAGGAAUACGCUGGAAUCAUUCGAGAUCAACUUCAACAGACGAAAAAAAGGUACAAAGGGUUAUCUAAAUACUGCCGUGGAGGACUACACAAAUUAUUUGAUAUUUGAUGAGAAGAACUUCCUGGACAUGCAGCAAGAUGAUCAAACAUCCAGUUUCUGUUUGACAAAUUUACUAGCUGCGAUCAAUAUUGCAGUUUUGUUGUUCGAAAUAGCAAGUCCGGUGAGAAAUUCUGAUAUUGAAAAUCUCUCUCUCCCUUUGAUGUAUGGAGCCAAGAUAAAUGACCUAAUACUAUCGGGGGAAUGGUGGAGACUACUAACACCAAUGUGUUUGCACUCUGGGUUCUUGCACAUAGCACUUGGAUGUUGGGUAUUACUUAUCUUUGGACCUCGCGUGUCUAGAGCAUAUGGUCAAACGACAUUUUUGCUGAUGUACAUACUUGGGGGAGUUUGCGGGAACUUGACAAGCUAUCUUCACACGUCUGAGCUAACCGUCUGUGGCACAGGACCAGUAUUUGCUUUAAUUGGAGCAUGGCUUGUCUAUCAAAGCCAAAACAAGGAUGCUAUUGAUAAGAACGUUUCAGAAACUAUGUUCAGCCAGGCUGUUGUGGCAACAACUUUAAGCUUCUUAUUGAGCAGUUUCGGGAGAAUCGACAACUGGACACAUCUUGGGGCAACAAUUUGUGGACUACUUUUCGGCUAUUUAACCUGCCCAAGUGUGCAGGUCGACAAUGCUGCUAAGAAAGGUCAAAAGGCUGUGGUUCUUGUUAGGCGACAGGCCAGUCCAUGGAAAUCCAUUGCCAUCUUCGUCAUAAGCAUAAUUGUGCUUGCUCUUUUCGCCUUUGCUUAUGGAACACAAGCCUAGAUUUUUCACAUGGUUCUGUUUGCAUAUAUAGUAGGUAUGGCAUGGCCAUGAGAUAUGGAAUGUAACAUAAUCACCUUUUUUUUUUCUUCUUGGGUUUAAUGAAUAUACACUGGCAUUUAUCGAAAUGACACUCCACAAGAUGGGAAUUUUUAAGCUAGAUGCCGCAAUCUAGUGGAAGGAUAUAACUCAAGUAAUAAUUUGUAUUUAAAUUUUAAAUAUAAUUAUUCCAGUGGUUACCUAGCUGUAACCAACUUAGAUA